AUGAGCGAAGACCUGAAUGCGCUGCUGGAAAAGCUGACCCUGGACGAGAAAAUCUCUCUCUUGUCCGCGAAAAAUGUCUGGGAGACGCCUGAGAUUGACAGGGUUGGCAUACCCUCGCUAAAGGUCACAGAUGGCCCCAAUGGUGCACGAGGAAACAACUUUUACGAUGGCACAACAGCGGCGUGCUUCCCAGCUUGUGUCUCACUUGCCGCAACCUUUAAUCGCUCACUUUCGCGCCAGGUUGGCCGUGCACUAGGUCAGGAAGCUAUCACUAAAGGCGCAUAUGUCGUCCUUGGGCCAACAGUAUGCUGUCACCGCUCUCCGCUUGGAGGUCGAAACUUCGAGGCUUUCUCUGAAGACCCGUUUCUGAGUGGAGCUCUAGCCAGCGAGUACGUAAUUGGCCUGCAAGAAGAGCGUGUGGCAGCGACAGUGAAGCACUUCUUGGCCAAUGAGCAGGAUACUCGGCGAUUCUCGGUCAACGAGAAGAUCUCGGAACGAGCUCUGAGGGAGAUAUACCUCAGGCCGUUUGAAAUGGUCGCCAAGCAGGCGGAUCCUUGGUGUUUCAUGUCCAGUUACCCCAAAAUCAACGGAAAGCACGUGGACGCGCAGAACAAGUUCCUAAUCCACAUCUUACGCAAGCAAUGGGGGUAUGAUGGCAUGGUAAUGUCGGACUGGGGUGCUGCAAGUACCGUAGAGGGCGUCAAAUAUGGACUUGACAUGGAGAUGCCUGGUCCUCCGCGUCAACGGACACCAGAAGCAGUGCAUGAAGCGUUGAAAGAAGGCCGGGUAUCUGAAGCCGACAUCGAUGCACGCGUUCUCUCCACGCUCAAGCUCCUAAAGAAGGUCGGAAAGUUCGACGACCGGAGAGACACACCAGAGGAGCAGGCAGUCGAUCGCCCAGAGCAUCGAGCGCUCAUACGAAAAGCUGGCGCUGAAGGUCUGGUCCUACUAAAGAACGAUCGUUGUAUCCUACCGAUCGAUUUGAAGAAAACGAAGAAAAUUGCUCUACUAGGUCCACUAGCCAAGUACGCCGCUGCACACGGAGGUGGCAGCGCAAGUCUGAAUUGCCAUUACAAGGUUACACCAUAUGAUGCGUUUAUUGACCGCCUACCGAAGGAUGUCCAGAUCACGCACGGGAAGGGAGCACACAUCUUCAGGGUAUAUCCUGACCUUGAAGCCGGAUGCAUAAACUCCAACGGCAAUCCCGGUUUCGUUGCAGACUACUUUAUGGAGCUCGACAUUAGCGACGGAAAGUGCUUUCGUAGCGAAGAGUUUCCCCGUGGUAGCUUCAACACGCUGAUGAACACGAAUGUUACGGGCUGCCAGUCUGUGCGUCUCUCCACUACGCACAAGCCUCCCAUAACUGGCGACCAUUACCUCAGUUUCUCCGGUCUUGGCCCGUCGAAAUUGUUCAUUGAUGGCGAGCUUGUAGCGGAACAAACAGGACCUACCAAAGACGCCAUGGGUUUUUUCCUCGGCGUUCAGGAUGAGAUUCGCGUCCAAUAUUCCUUCAAAACAGGCAAAGAAUACUUGAUUGUUGCUGAAACCCACCCUUCGCCCGUUUCGAACGCAGAACUUUAUCUCAUGGACAACCAGUGCUCUAUACAUCUCGGCUUUAUCCUACAGGCUGAGAUGGAGCAAGACGUCCUCUCCGAGGCUGUGGAACUAGCGAAAGAUGCGGACCUCGCUAUUGUAUUUGUGGGCAAUACCACGCAGUGGGAAACAGAAGGCCAAGAUCUCUCGUCCAUGAAUUUACCUGCAGAUGGGUCGCAAAACCACCUCAUCGCCUCGGUCGCGGCUGCCAACCCAAAUACCGUUGUAGUAAACACUACAGGCGUGCCAGUCGAGCUACCUUGGUUCGAGAAGGUACCCGCUUUGAUCCAGGCUUGGUAUGCAGGACAAGAAACGGGCAAUGCUAUUCUCGACGUCCUGCUAGGUGAGAUAAGCCCGAGCGGAAAGCUUCCUAUUAGCUGGCCUGUCAAGUAUGAGCAUACUGGAUGCCACGGCAAUUUCGGCCUCGAUAGUUACGAGAGCAGGGAGGUCGAGUACGUCGAAGGAACACAUGUUGGAUACAGAUGGUUCGACAAACUGUGGGGUAGUGAGAAGGAGGUCCGGUUCCCCUUUGGCUACGGAUUGAGCUAUACGGAAUUCAAAGUCAAAAACGCACAGGCCAAUGGGAGUUUCGAGGAGGUCGUGAAGGUGACUGCGGUCGUUAGGAACAUCGGUCAUACUGCAGGUGCGGAGACCAUACAGUUGUACGUCGAACCACCUGCCGAGGAUGGUGUGGUGAAGAAGCUUGUUGGCUUCGGCAAAGUGGAUCUGCAGCCUGGGGAAGAGAAGGACGUCGAAGUCCAAUUCAAGAGGCAAGACGCAGCAUACUGGGAGGAGUCCCUUAAUAAGUGGAUGGUGAGCAAAGGCACCUAUGGAGUUCUGAUUGCAACAAGCUCGGCGCCAAAGGAUGUGAGGGCGAGGCUAGAGGUUGUAGUGGAUGGGGAUAUCGUUUUCGAGCCUUGA